ACUAGGCUAUUUUGUUUAGUUGUGGUUUUAAUACACGGUAUUACCAGUAUCUGUGAUCCUGGAAGACUAAUCUCCAGAGAAAUUUUUUUUAAGCGAAAUGUAACAGAUUUAAAAUAAGGGAACAUUCACAUUCCUGUUUUUCCUUAAGCAUCCUGGAUAGCAUCUCUAGACGCUGCUGGUGGACUUAAACAGGACGGAGGGCGGAGAGAUCCCUAACUUCACUCUCCAGGCUUGUGACUACUGACGAGGGGAAGGCGGGGCAUCCUCUGGUGCGCCUCAAGCGCUCUCCGGGUCGCAGACACGAGGGCUGGGCGGGCUCGGGGAGGAGGCGGGAGAGGCGAGAGGCUAAGAUCUGGGCGUCUCGAAAGGGCUUUCUGAGACACCCUGCCCAGCCCGAGGGGAUCUCCCGAGGAAGUGGCACCUGGGGACGAUCUUCCUGUUUGACCAGACUUUCCGAACUCCCGCGGCCGGGCCUCCCAGACCCCUCGCCUGGGCUCGACCCUUCUGGCUACCCGCGCCUUACCCUCUCCAAUUCGCCUACCGCCCCAGGGCUCGGCGAAUCCGCUGCGCGCAGCCCCCGGCGAGCGAGCGCCGGACUGCAGUCGUCGCCCCUCGGGGCCGGGGUGCUGGCGCCGCGCGGUGACCGCGGGGGAGUUGUACGCUGCGUGGACCUGCGUCUCCUCCUUGCGCCCCCCGCAGGGGCCACUCCUGCCGGGACCCCGCACCGCAGCUCCAGCGCGCGGGCGCGUGGGAGGAGGGAGGGAAGCAAGGGUGGUGGGGAUGGAGAGGGGGAAAGUGAAGAGAGAGAAGGGAAAGGAGCCGGAGAAAGAGAAAAUACGGGGAAAAGGAAAGGAGGAGAAAGAUAAAAAGAAGGAGGUGGAGAAGGAGAAAAUUAAGGAAAAAGAAAAGGAAAGGGGGAGGGAGGAGAAAAGUAAGAGUAAAGAAGAGGAAAAGAGGAAAGGGCGGGAGACGGAGAAGGGGAAGGAACAAUUUACGGAAAAAGAAGAGAAAGAGAAGGACAACAGCACGUUGGCAAAGCCGCCGCUGGAGCUGCCGGAGAAAAAUAAGCAGAUCCUAGUGCUGGGCCUGGAUGGAGCAGGAAAGACCAGUGUUCUCCACUCUCUAGCUUUAAACAGAGUCCAGCACAGCGUGGCACCUACCCAAGGUUUCAAUGCAGUGUGCAUCAGUACUGAAGACAGCCAGUUGGAGUUCCUGGAGAUUGGUGGCAGCGAACCUUUCCGUUCCUGUUGGGAAAUGUACCUGUCCAAAGGAUUGCUGCUAAUCUUUGUGGUGGAUUCAGCAGAUCACAACAGAUUACCUGAAGCCAAGAAGCACCUUCAUCAACUAAUUGGGACAAAUCCAAUCCUUCCUCUGGUUGUGUUUGCAAACAAACAGGAUCUUGAAGCAGCCUAUCACAUUACAGAUAUCCAUGAAGCUUUGGCAUUAUCUGAGGUGGGAAAUGACAGGAAGAUGCUCUUGUUUGGAACCCAGGUGACUGAGAAUGGCUCAGAGAUACCCUCCAUCAUGCAAGAUGCCAGAGACCUGAUUGCACAGCUGGCUGCAGACAUGCAGUGAUCAGGCCUAGGCCCACUGUGAGGCUCAUGAUUUGAAUGUCACCAGGGAAUGUUUAGCGGCAGGCUAGAAGCCAAAAGUUUCCACUUUCCAAUAAAAAAUAAGGCAUUUCCUAUUUUCUCAAUGCAGGGCAUAUACACAUAUAUAAGAUAAUGUUAAUUGAUUAAGACUUUCUCUAUUUAUAUUUUGAACUUUAAAAAUAUUGGUAAAACAAUGUAUUUGGAGGGAUUUGGAUCUUUUUUAAUUUUUAUUUAUUUUUGGCUGCAUUGGGUCUUUGUUGCUGCAUGCGGGCUUUCUCUAGUUGCAGCAA